AGCUCCAAAAAGCGGGUCCCAGCCCUCCCCAGUGCAGCCCCAGCGCCAGCCAGAGCCAGCAGCAGCGCACUUCAGGGAGGCCCUGGGGCGGGGACCCGCAGUCUCCUCGCCUUCUCCAGUGCCAGCUCCACGAGGGAGGGGCUGCGGGACCUGCCCGAACUGCCACGGAUCUUUCAUCAAGCGUCACCCAUAGCAGCCCAGUAGUCUCCCUGGGCCUCGGCGGCGGCCGUCAUGGACGCCGUGUUGUUGGAGCACUUUCCCGGGGGCUUGGACACAUUCCCGUCUGCUUACUUCGAUGAGGAAGACUUCUUCACCGAUCAGUCCUCUCGGGACCCACUGGAGGACGGCGACGAACUGCUGGGGGAUGAGCAGGCGGAGGUGGAGUUCCUCAGUCACCAGCUGCACGAAUACUGCUACCGCGACGGCGCGUGCCUGCUGCUGCAGCCCGCGCCCUCGGCCGCCCCGCAUGCGCUCGCUCCGCCGCCUUUGGGGGACCCCAGCGAGCCCGAGGACAGCGGCAGCUACUGCUGUGAGGCAAGGGCCCCCGUAGGCGGCUUCCCCUACUCGCCCGGCUCGCCACCCUCGUGCCUUGCCUACCCUUGCACCGCGGUACUGUCCCCUGGGGCGAGGCUCCGUGGUCUGAACCGGGCGGCUGCAGCGGCGGCAGCGCGGCGACGGCGACGUGUGCGCUCCGAGGCGGAGCUGCAGCAGCUGCGACAAGCAGCCAAUGUGCGCGAGCGGCGCCGCAUGCAGUCCAUAAACGACGCCUUCGAGGGGCUGCGUUCGCACAUCCCCACGCUGCCCUACGAAAAGCGCCUCUCCAAGGUAGACACGCUGCGCUUGGCCAUAGGCUACAUCAACUUCCUCAGCGAGCUGGUGCAAGCAGACCUGCCACUGCGCGGUGGUGGCACAGGUGGUUGCGGGGGCCCAGGUGGCAGCAGGCACCUGGGUGGGGACAGCCCGGGUAACCAGGCCCAGAAGGUCAUCAUCUGCCAUCGAGGCACCCGCUCGCCCUCCCCCAGUGACCCGGAUUAUGGCCUCCCUCCUCUUGCUGGGCACUCUCUCUCAUGGACUGAUGAGAAACAGCUCAAAGAACAAAAUAUUAUCCGUACAGCUAAAGUGUGGACCCCAGAGGACCCCAGAAAACUCAACAGUAAAUCUUUCGACAACAUAGAGAACGAACCACCUUUUGAGUUUGUAUCCUGAGAAAGCUCACACCAGGCCAGCUGUGUCUUUGUGCAUAUUGUACGGUGUAAAUACUUAUAAUGUAAAUGUAAUUUAAAGAUCACAAUUUUCUAAUGGCAAUCAGCUGUGUUAUUUAUCUAUUUAUUAUUGUGUUGAGUUAAUGAAAUAGAUUGUCUCUUUUUAAAUAUAUAAUUUAUAUAAUUUAUCAUAAUAUUCUAUAAUAUGCAACAGUGGAUGAUUUUCCCCGGCACCUUUGGCAGAACUCUUGAGUUGUUGGAAGAACUCUGGUCAGAAAAUUUCAAGCUUAUUUAAAGCCAGAUCUGACUUAUUUCUACGUGUUGUUAAUAAAUGCUAUUCGCUCUUG